CUACUCUCGUACGAGCUCCUGCAUCAUCAUGUGCUCCUGUUAACAAUUUUUCAAUUCCGGCUAAAAUGGAGCCGAAAAAUAAAAAUUGAGGGACGCGAUUAGGCGUUUUCUGGCCGUUGAGCAUCCUCUAAUCUUGAUGUUGCCCUCCACAGUUACUCCAUGCAUCACUGUACCGAAAUAGUGCGUAACACGUGCUUUGUGAAACAUUUGAUAUUAUUGAAAGAAAAAGAUGAAGUUUUCAUACAAGUUCAGCAAUUUACUUGGCACAGUUUACCGCAAAGGGGACUUACUCUUUUCUCCAGAUGGAGCAUCAGUAAUUAGUCCUGUAGGCAAUAGAAUUUCAAUUUUUGAUUUGAAAAACAAUAAAUCUAUGACACUUCCUGUGGAAAGCAGAUUUAAUUAUACUACUAUCGAUAUAUCACCCAAUGGUAGUUUGUUAGUCGCAAUUAAUACAGAUGGUGAAGCUCAUAUAAUUAGUUUGAUAAGUAAAGUGAUUCUACAUAAAUAUAGAUUUAAAGGGCGUCCCAAGCGUGUAAAGUUCUCUCCAGAUGGAAAACAUUUUGCGGUUUGUAAAGGAGGUGGUGUUUUUGUUUUCAACGCACCAGGCUUACAAACUGGGGAUUACAAUCCUUUCAUUAUGGAACGUGCAUUUCAUGGGGCUACUGCAGAAACCACUUGUGUUACUUGGUCCUUUGAUUCAAAACUUUUAGUGGUUGGUUCAAAGGAUACUACUGUAAAAGUAUAUAGUUUACAAAAAUGGGCGAAUUUUAGAUGGGUUACAUUGGGCGGUCACUCUGAUGUGAUAGUAGCAUGUUUCUUUGAAAAUAAAAAUUAUGAUAUGUACACUAUUAGCAAAAAUGGUCGGCUCUUUGUCUGGGAAUGUACAAUUGAUCCAGAUGAUUGGGUUGAAUGGCAACCACUUGCAAAAAGGGAGAAAUCUAAUGACAGUGAUAGUGAGGAUGAUAUUGACGUAGAAAAAAUUCUAGAGAAAACGGAGCAACAAAAAGCCUAUGCUGAACAAAAAUUAUUAGAAUCAGAUGAAUUGAACACAAGAACACAAGAAGAAGAAGACACUGAAAAAGAAGAAAAGGAUACAAAAAUGAAAAUGCUGGGUUACAAAAAGUUAGCGACUCAUUACUUGGCAGACGAAGUCCACAAGCAGAAUAAAGAUGCAAAACUUACUGCAGCAGCUUAUCAUCAGGAUACUCAUAUAUUAGUUAUUGGCUUUAACAAUGGUUCAUUUUAUUUAUACGAAUUGCCGCACGCCACUAUGAUUCAUUCAUUAAGCAUUUCUCGACAACGUAUUUCAUCGAUCGCAUUAAAUCCUGCUGGAGAUUGGAUAGCCAUAGGAUGCUCUCACGCCGGUCAGCUGCUGGUUUGGGAAUGGCAAAGCGAGACGUACGCCAUGAAACAGCAAGGGCACAGAACCAACAUGAACUGUCUGGCGUACAGUCCCGAUGGCCAGUACAUCGUGACAGGCGGCGACGACGGGAAAGUCAAACUGUGGAAUACACUGAGCGGAUUUUGCACGCUCACGUUUCACGAGCAUACCUCGUCGAUAUCCAGCGUUCUGUUCAGUCAUAAUCGUAAAUUCAUCGCGUCCGCCUCGCUGGACGGAACUGUACGAGCGUACGAUCUAGCGAGGUACAGAAAUUUUCGAACUCUUACGUCGCCACGCCCGGUGCAAUUUUCCUGCUUGGCACUCGACGCGAGCGACGAGUUUCUCGCUGCAGGUGGUCAAGAUUUCUUCGAUAUAUAUUUGUGGAGCAUGAAACUCGGAAGUCUGUUGGAGAUAUUGAGUGGUCACGAAGGACCGGUUGCAAGUCUGGCGUUCAGUCCGAGUCCUGCCAGCACAGAAUUAGUGUCUGCAUCCUGGGAUAAAAGUCUGAAAAUAUGGAACGCCAUUGAGAACGGUUCGGCGCACGAGACAAUACGAUUGACCGCUGAUGCAUUAUAUGUAACUUAUAAACCAAGCGGAGAAGAAGUCGCUGUCGCUACGUUGGACGGACAGAUUACGUUUUUCGAAUGUAAAACGGCAAGACAAACGGGUUUCAUCGAAGGCAGGAACGACUUAGGCGCUGGUAGAUCUAAGACGGAUCUCAUUACAGCGAAAAAGAAUUUAGAGGGCAAAGCUUUUACUACAUUAUGCUAUUCGGCUGACGGUAUGUGUAUAUUAGCCGGCGGCCGCUCCAAAAACGUGUGUAUCUACAAUGUUCAAGAAUCUGUAUUGUUGAAGAAAUAUGAGAUCACGCAAAAUAGAUCUCUGGAUGGCGUGGACGAUGUUAUAAACAGGAAAUAUAUGUCUGAAUUUGGAAACAGAGCUUUGAUUGAACAUCGUGAAGGCGGAAACAUAUCGUUACGAUUGCCAGGUGUCAAGAGUGGUGAUAUGGCAAGUAGGAGAGUCAAACCAGAAGUGCGAGUAUUCUCUUUACAGUUCUCUCCUACAGGACAAGCAUGGGCCGCAGCAACAACAGAAGGUUUAUUGCUAUAUUCCUUGGAUAUUGGAUUGAUGUUCGAUCCCUUUCAACUAGAGCUUGGAGUCACUCCGGAUACCGUAAGAGAGACACUUGACAAACAGGAAUAUGCGAAGGCGCUAAUGAUGGCAUUAAAAUUAAACGAGAAGUCAUUAACACAACAAGUUCUAGAGACCAUUCCGUACAAAGAAAUGGAAUUAACAACGACGAGUAUACCAGAUGUUUAUAUAGAGAAACUAUUGAAAUUUAUAGCAUCCGAGUUGGAAUCGACUAGACAUAUACAUUUUUAUCUCUUGUGGGUGGAAACAAUCUUGACGAAACACGGAUCACGGAUUAAUUCUGCACUCCAGAUGCCAGUGUUGUUGAUGUUGCACAAGAAUAUGCAGAAGAAAUAUGAUGAUUUGAGUAAAAUAUGUGAUUUUAAUCAAUACACAAUAAGCUACAUUCUGAGAAUAGGAGAAUCACAAUCUGCGAAUGAGACAUCCAACGAUGCGGCGGACGACAAAUAUGAUUUUUCCAUAGAAGAAAUGGAUACUAGUUAAGUUUUAAAUUUUAUAGGACGAAGACUUUUUGAUAAUGUACAUAAAUUUAUGUAUAGAAAAUAAACAAAUGCAGAAAA